AGUUAUAGGUCCCUCACUGCUCAGUCUCAGCAUCAAUAAAAGAUCAAAAGAAAGAGACGGAGAGGCAGCCAAGAUGGCAAUGGCCUACGUCGCUGCAGCAGUGUUGGCAGCAGUGACUCUCACCGCCUCGUUCGCCGGCGGCGAGGCCUGCAACUUCGUCGCCUCCAUGACAUGGACCGCGGCGUGCCAGCAGACGGGCAGGUGGGAGAAUCUGUGCCAGCAGACGCUCCAGACCGCGCCGGCCACCGCGGAGGUGACCGUGUACGCGCUCGUCGCGACGAGGCUGGCCAAGCUCAGGUACGAGAACACCUUGGGGGAGGUGGACACGAUGCUGUGGCCCAGGAACGCCCCCGCCGACGCGCGGGCGGCGCUGGACAACUGCAAGUACAAGUACAGCGUGGCGCUGGGCCGGAUGGACGCCGUCUCCGACGAGAUAUUCGCCUGCGACUUCUCGCACGCCAGGCAGGAGUACGUCGACGCCGAGGUCGCCGUCCGCUCCUGCCAGGAUGGGCUGCUGCGGCUGCCGAACCAGUACCAUAGCUGGCCGCUGUUCGCCAAGGUCUCUGCGGAUUAUGAUUUGACCAUGGUCGCGUAUCUACUAGGCGCUAUCUUUCUUGGCAGGUAGACUCGCUCUAGAUCGGGACAACAGCAGCAGCAGGUUUAAUUCGCAUUGCGGCAUUGCGGACGAUCUUGAGCUUUUCAAAAAGAUAAAUGAUCCCAGUGGUUCA